UUCUUUUUGCACUAAGAGCAAACACAAUGCAUUGUCUCUUUAUGGUCUUGUUGAUCUUCCCCUGUGGAUGGGGGCAGCUAUCUACAACGACACGGCAAGAUUAUAAAUCCUAUAUCACAUCUCCUGCAGGGCAUCACUGUAUACAGAAUGGAACUUCCUUCACCUUAAUAAGGGACCUUUAUCUUUCUCCAUGGAUCUAUCAAUCUGCCCUAGAAAGCCUUGUCACUCGAGUUUAUAAUAAGUAUCCAUGUGUAUCACGACAGUAUACAUCCGUGAGCCUCGAUGGUUCAGGUGUUUCUGAACACAUUUACACCAGCAAGGACGACUUUAAAAACAGCCUUAUUAAUGAAUACUAUAACUGGUACUAUUUCAAUUAUAAUCACAACAAUCCUUGUGAUCAAUCACUUUUGAUGGGAAUUAAGAGAGCACUAGAGAUCUCUCCUAAUGGAUCCUUUAUUUUGGUAUUAAGUGUUGGUUCUGUGGCUGAUUAUUCUAACACAUUUCUAUUAACUGAGAUUAACAGAUUGUUAGAUCAAAAACAAUCUCAGCUAUUUUUUAUGGUAAACAAUGAAUACAAUUGCAAUACUCCGAAUGAGCAACUCAGUGUGUUGAGUGAAAUUGCAUCUCGGAGUUACGGCCAAUUUCUAAGAGUUGCCAUGUUUGACAUUGCACAGGCAAUCUAUGGAUUGGAUUUGCUUCUAGCUAAACCAAUUAAUUCCUCUUACCAUUUAUGGAGUAUUAAUGUAUAUGCCUCUGGGAAACGUACAGAAACAUUUAACAUUACAAGUGCCUUAUCAUUCCUACUUAUUACCACCAAUGUUAAAGUCAACCUUACGCUUAGAGACCCUAAAGGAAACAAUGUUGCAUUUGAAAAAUCUCAGUCAUAUGUUUCUGGUAAUUCUUAUCUGGUGAAGUCUCCUGCUUUUGGAAAAUGGUCUAUUGAUUUAGUUUACUCUGGAAACAUUUCAGUAAAGAUAUUGGGUUUCAAUGAUUUGAAUUUAAAAGGUAAUUGUUCGAACGCUCAGUGUGACCCUAAUGCAUCCUGUGAGGAGUUUGGAGGUUAUAAGGAGUGCACAUGUAAACAAGGAUUUGAAGGAAAUGGAGUAUAUUGUUAUGAUAUUAAUGAAUGUAAUGAUUACUGGAUACACCAAUGUGAUACUUGUAAAAACACAAUAGGAUCUUACAACUGUUCCUGCUGGAGUGGAUUUACCUACACACAAGAGUGGGGUUGUGUUGACAUUGAUGAGUGCGCAAAUCCAGACCUCAAUGACUGCCACCCAUUGGCUGUUUGCACAAAUCGCCAUGAGGGUUACAGCUGCACCUGUCCAAAUGGAUAUACAGGAGAUGGAAAAUACUGUGAAAUAAAUCAAUGUGUACAAAAUGAUCCAUGCAGUGUAAAUGUUGAUUGCAAUAAAAUUAAUGGAUCAUAUACCUGUAUUGAUCCAUGUUCUGAUUACACAGUGCUUCAUGACCCUUGGCGGAGUGUAAAUAAUACAAAGACUUAUAAUGAUUACGGUCAAAAUCAGAACUGGUUUCACUGUGAUUAUGAUAUUCAAGGCUGGUAUAGAUUUAAGGGAGAAAAUAAUCAGCAAAUGCCGGAAUACUGUGUACCAGAAUUAAGUUGUGGAACUCACAGUCCUAUGUGGCUAAAUGGCAAGCACCCGUCACUAGCAGAUGGCAUUGUGAAUAUUACUGCAUGUGCACACUGGGGAGGGAGUUGCUGUUUCUGGUCAUCUACUGUUUCAGUAAAAGCUUGUCCUGGUGCAUUUUAUGUUUAUAAACUGGAAAGAGCUCCAACGUGUUAUCUGGCCUAUUGUAUUGAACCUAAUUUUAGUUGCUCUGGUGUUGACUGUGCUUCUGAUGAAGAAUGCAAGAAAGUUGCUGGAGUCUCAGAAUGUCAUUGCAAAGAUGUAUCAAACAAUGGGCUGGAACCAAGCAGUAUCGAAAGUUACUUUUCACUAACAUGUAAGCUUAACCAGAUAAAGUUAUCCUUUAGCAAGUGUCAGAUGGAGAGCUUGGGUUAUGACACCUCAGCAAUGUAUCUAAAUGAAAGCAACUGUACAAGUUUCAUUGAAAGGUCAGAUAAAGCUUAUGUCACCCUUGUCACAUUGCCGAAAGCUGGGUCCUGUGGAGCGAAGCAUUCUGAAAAUGAAACACAUUUAAUUUACACUAAUACAGCACAUCUUCCAGUAAAAUCUGAUGGCGUGAUUCAAAGAGGAGAGCGGGAGAUUAAAUUCUCCUGUGCUUAUGAACGCAGCAUGAAAAGCAGUUUGCAGAUGGCAAUAAAUCCACUGGUGAGUUCUGUUGAGGUUACCUUAGGAGGAACUGGAACUUAUUCACUAAAGAUGGGACUCUUUAUAGAUUCUGAUUACAAAAUAUUAUAUGCAGCCCCUGAGCUGCAGUUAACAACAGCAUCUAUGCUCUAUGUCGGAGUUGCAACGGAACAGGUUGAGGAUUCAAAUUUUGUACUGCUCAUGAAAAAUUGCUAUGCAACACCUACAAAUGACACUGGAAAUCCUCUGAAAUAUUACAUCAUACAGAACAACUGCCCUAACAGAAAUGAUCCUACUCUCACUGUGCAAGAAAACGGGGUGUCCCUUGAAGGGAGAUUUUCCCUCCAAGUCUUCAAAUUCAUAGGAAAUUUUAACAAAAUUUAUUUGCACUGUGAGAUCCGCUUAUGUGAUAAAUCAAGUGAAACGUGUACUCCUGGGUGUUCUGGGGUGCGAUCCGUUUCAGUAGAUGAGAAAACUAGCACAAAAACCAUAUCCAGUGUACCAAUUUAUCUAAAAGCAUCAGCUUUGUCAUCUGAUGGAGCAUCAGCGUUGUCUACUGGAGGUUCUACGUCCAAUGAGGGAGCCUCACUGUGUGAGAACCAUCAACAGUGGUGUGGACCCUCUCGGGGAGUAUCACCUGAGCAUCACAAGAAGCAGUGCCAGUCAUUUGACAUAUUGAGACCGUUGGAGUGGAGGGUACCCAGUCGAUGUAUCCAGCGUGCCUCCAGUUUGAGCAGGACAUUAUCCCUAUCCCCACCUCUUCUUAGUGGGGGGACAUGGGGCCGAAAAAACAAGAAACCACAAACCUAUACAACAAGACAGAACAGGGCAAAGAAAAAGGUCCCUAGAAAGAGAAGAAGAGGAAAUAGAGCAGGAAAACUCAUACAGGCAAACAGGGAGAAUAAGAAAAGAAUAAGUAAAGCUAAGAGCAAUAUCUUCAAUCUAGCUGAAAUUAGUUUGGAUUCUAAUGAUAUUAAUCUCCUACAGAAAGUCCUCAAUUUUGCGCCCAAAUCAAAACCCAAUAAAUUUGAAAUGUUUGUAGAUGUACACAAAUAUGUUAGGAAAUUUACAUUAAAGAGAUAUUUCCUCAAGAAUCCAGUUAAUAGAGGUAAUUUUAAUCAGUACCAUUUAGAGUCAACAGAUUUAGGUAUAUUGGAAUUUUUAAAGGAUCUUGAAAAUAAUAAUCAAAGUGAACAUUUGAGGGAAGAAGGUAUAAUAGGGGAAAAAUUAGAUGAAUAUAUAGAUACACUCAACUUUUCCCAACACCUAACAGAACCUGAAAUACAACACAAAUUUAAGGCAAAAUCAACAUUUUACCCUGUAGGAUUUCAAGGUGAGCAGUUAUCCAUGUUUAACAAAUUAGUCCUCAAAGAUAUUGAGGAACAAUUUGCAAAAGAAAAUUAUUUUUUAAACAAAUAUAAGGACAACUUAACUAUCUUAGAAAGAAAGUCCCUUAAGAAAUUGGUAAAUAACAAAGAAAUCACCAUACGCCCCGACGAUAAAGGCAGGGGCAUCGUGAUCCAGAAGAGAGAGGAUUACCUCAAAGAGGCAUUGAAUCUUUUAAACGACACCACAACAUAUAAAAUCCUUAAGAUUGAUCCAACAAGAAAUUAUAAUAAAAAAUUAAAUGAAAUAUUAAAUAAGGUUAAAAUAGAAGGAACUCUUAAUGAAGAUGAAUAUAAAUACAUUUAUACCUCACAACCGAAUAUUCCAAUUAAAUAUCACUUACCCAAGGUUCACAAGGACCCUCUAAACCCCCCAGGCAGGCCAAUAAUAUCUGGUAUUGGGUCCAUCACAGAUGGUUUAUUAAAAUACGUAGAUUCAUAUCUUCAACCUAUAGUUAAAUCUACAAAAGCAUACCUCAAAGAUACAACUGAGGUUAUAACCAAAUUUGAAGGGAUUACUUGGGAUCAAGAUAUGAUAUGGCUCACGUGUGAUGUAGCAUCAUUAUACACCUGCAUCCCUCAUGAUAAUGCCUUUCACAAUGAUUCUGCUGUUGAUGACAUACUAAGCAACAAGAUAUUAGUGCUUGGGAAACAGCUAGAAUUAGACAUUGAUGAAGAGGAUAUUCAUCAGCUUAUUGGUAUUGAGGCUAAAGAGCUUUCCACUGAGGAGCUGAUAGUCUUCUUGAUAAAAACAUCGUAUUUGUACUCCUGCAGCGUGAAUGACGUACAGAACAGCAUAUUUAAGGAAAUUGCAUCUCGAAGUUAUGGACAGUUAAUUGACAUUCCCAUUUCUAAUUUUAUUCAGGCUAUUACUGGUUUAGAUUUGUUUCUUGCUAAACCAGUUAAUUCGUCUAUACGUUUACUGAAAGUGAAUGUGAAUAUAUCUGGGAAACAUAGACAACAGUUUGAUGUUCCAGCAUCUUUAUCAUACAUAUUUAUUACCACUAAUGCUGAUGCUAAGCUCAAUCUUACAGAUGCUAAGGGAAACAAUGUUCAUUUUGAGAAAACCCAGUCAUACGCUUCUGGUCAUUCUUAUCUGGUGAAGUCUCUUCAUUUUGGAACCUGGUUUCUAGAUUUAAUUUACUAUGGAAACAUUUCAGUAAAUAUAUUGGGAUUCAGUGAUUUUGAUAUAAAAGGAAAUUGCUCUGUUUCUGAAUGUGACCCAAAUGCAUCAUGUGAGGAGUUUGGAGGUUACCAGCAGUGCACUUGUAAAGAAGGAUUUGCAGGAGAUGGUGCAUUUUGUUACGAUAUAAAUGAGUGUAAUGAUUACUUUACCCAUCAAUGUCGUUAUCCUUUGUAUUGUGUCAACUCUAUUGGCUCUUACAACUGUUCCUGUGUAUCUGGAUUUACAAAUGCACCAGAAGGGCGCUGUGAGGACAUUAAUGAGUGCUCACGUGCGGAUCUUAAUGACUGUCAUCCUCUGGCUGUUUGCAUAAACUUAUAUGGCUGGCACCGCUGUAGCUGCCCAUAUGGAUAUUUUGGAAAUGGAAGUUAUUGUGAAAUCAAUGAAUGUGAGCAAGGGAUGCCAUGUGAUAAAAAUAAUGAUUGCACUAAAGUCAUUGGAUCAUACACCUGCAGUGAUCCAUGUACUGACAAUAUUGUGCUAGAUGAACCAUGGCGCAGUACAAAUAACAUAAAGACUGAAGAAUAUUACAACUCAGUUGGCUUGUAUCACUGUGAUAAUAAUCUUCAAGGCUGGUAUAGAUUUAAGGGAGAAAAUGAUCAACAAAUUCCUGAAUACUGUGUCCCAAUGUUUAGCUGUGGGGCAGCCUGUCCAAUGUGGCUUAAUGGCAAACAUCCUACCAUAGAGGAAGGUAUUGUCAGUCAUACAGCGUGUGCAAACAGGAAUGGGAACUGCUGUUAUUGGUCAUCUGCUCUCUCAUUAAAAGCUUGUCCGGGUGGAUAUUAUGUUUACAAAUUUAAGGGAACACCAGCAUGUAAUUUGGCUUAUUGCAUGGAAUCUAAUUUCAGUUGUUCUGAUGUGGACUGUUCUCUUGAUGAAGAAUGUAAAAAUCUUAAUGGAGUCUCAGAAUGUCAGUGUAAAAACGAAUCAGCUGUCAGAAAUGGAGGAGGAGCAAGCAAUUUGGAAAGGUAUCUCUCACUAGAAUGUGAUUUAAACAAAAUCAAGCUAUCUUUUAGCAAGUGUCCUCUGGAGAGGAUGGGUUUUGACACAUCAGUAAUAUAUCUAAAUGACAGUAAAUGUACAAGUAUUAUUGAAAGAGGAGAAACAACUAAUGUCACGUUUCUCACAUAUCCCAAGUUUAGAUUCUGUGGAGCUGAACGGAGUGAAAAUGAAACCCACUUAAUUUAUCAAAAUACAGCACAUCUUCCCUUUAAAUCAAAUGGUGUAAUUUAUAGAGGUGAACGCAAAGUUAUAUUCUUCUGUGCUUAUCAAAGAAACAUGGAAAUUAAUCUGUUGACUGGAAUAAACACAGCAACCAGCACUGGUGAUAUUACUGUGGGAGGAACUGGAUCUUAUAGAGUAACUAUGGGCCUCUUUCAAGAUCCGGAUUACACAAGAUUAUAUCCUGCCCAGGAGGUGAUGUUGACAACAGAGUCUAUGCUCUAUGUAGGAGUAAUGGUGGAACCAGUUAAGGAAUCCAAUUUUGCCUUGCUCAUGAAGAACUGCUACGCUACACCUACAAAUGAUAGUGGAUAUCCUUUCAAAUAUUAUAUCAUACAGAAUAACUGCCCGAACCGAAACGAUCCUACCCUCAAUGUGGCGGAGAACGGGGUGUCCCUGAAGGCAACAUUUUCUCUCCAAGUCUUCAAAUUUAUUGGAAAUUUAGACAAAAUUUAUUUGCACUGUGACGUCCACUUGUGUGAUACAUCAAGUGAAACUUGUACCACUAAGUGUUCUGGGAUGAGAUCUGCUUCAUUAGUUGAAGGGAACAACACUAAAACCUUAUCUCAGGGACCAAUCUAUCUGAAAGCGUCAGAUGUGUCAUCUGUAGGAGAUUUAGCUUUAUCAUCUGCUGGAGUAUCAGCUGUGUUGUCUACUGGAGCUACAUCUUUGGCCAUUUCGAUAUUAACCCUAUUUUUCAUAACAGUGAUCUCAAACAAAUAUUCUGACUGCUACAGAGUUAAACAACUGGAAGAAGAUGGUGCAGUACAUAAAAAUGAUUUUGCAAAAUUACAGCAACAUGUUUAUACACAUGACAAAGAGUUUCAGCAAUUAGAGGAAGACCUAGAAAAUAGGCAUAGAAGAAGCAAUAUCAGCAUUCAAGGAAUACCUGAGCUAGUAGAAUCUGCAGACCUCAAACCCUAUCUCCAGAAUCUGUUUGCCUCCUUGAGAGGAACAGCAGCAACUGAAAAUGUGGAGCUAGAUAGGGCUCAUAGAGCACUUUGUCCAAGGCCCACAGAGGGGGUCCCACCUAGAGAUGUCAUUGUUAAAUUGACAAGCUAUCAAGUUAAAGAGGAAAUUAUGAAGGCUGCUAGGCACAACAUGAACCUUCAAUAUGAAGGAGCAACUCUCCAACUGUUUGCUGAUAUUUCGGCUUGCACCCUAUUCCACAGAAAAGAACUGCAGCCCUUGACCAGGCAUUUUGGAAGUCUUAACAUCCAAUACAGAUGGAGUUUUACAUUCCAGUUAAAUAAUAUCCACAGGGAUAGAAGAGCUAUUUGCACUUCUCCAAAAGAAAUAACUGAGUGCGACAAAAAACCCAGCACACUGCAUGAACAGUUGCUUAACAGACCUCAUAGAAUAGAUGAAUGCUAUCUGGCUCAAAGUGAACCCAGACAAAACAGAGUUACUCUUGAGGCCACUUCCUUCACAUUGGUAGAAGACUAUGUGUACUUUUAUAGUUACAGUUAUGCACUGGAAAAACUCAUUAAUCGUGUAUAUGACAGAUUUCCCUGUGGAGUCCGACAAUAUACUUCAAUAAGGGUUGGCAAUUCAGAUGUUUUUGAAAAUGUUGUCAGCACAAAGGAAAGUUUUAUGAACAACCUUUACAACUACUACAACUGGCAAUAUUAUUAUGAAAUGAACAAUUACUCAUAUAAUAAAUGCAAUGCGUCAUUGUUGCUUGGGAUCAAAAGGGCAUUGGAGAUAUCCCCUUCUGGAAGCUUUAUUUUGGUUUUAAGCAGUGGUUCCAUAGCCGACGGCAAUGACACUGCACUCUUGGAUGAGAUAUAUAAUUUAAUAGCCGAAAAGCAAUCGCAGGUAUUUUUUAUGGUUUAUCAAUAUUGCGGGAUUAACUCUACGGCAAAAAUAUUUGAUGAAAUUGCAUCUCAGAGUUUCGGACAGUUUUUAAGAUUGGAAAUGUAUUCACUGACCGAGGCCGUAUUUGGCUUGGACUUGCUUCUUGCCCAACCAAUUAAUUCUUCAGUAAGGCUCCUGAACUUAAAGGCAAAUGCAUCGAGGAACCUUAGUCAAAAUUUUAAUGUUACAAGAUCCUUAAAACAUCUGCUGAUUACUACAAGUGGGGAUGUAAACUUCACACUUUGGGAUCCUAGUGGGUAUAAAGCCAAAUUUGAAAAUGUCAAGUCUUAUAUAUCUGGCCUAUCUUACCUGGUGAAACAGUCUGCUUUUGGACGCUGGUCUGUAGAUGUAAUUUGUAGGGAUUCAUUUGCUAUAAGGAUAUUGGGAUUUUAUGAAACAAAAGGUAAUUGUUCGAAUGCAAACUGUCACUCAGAUGCAACCUGUGAGGAAUUUGGUGGCUAUCAGCAGUGCACAUGCAAACAAGGAUUUGCAGGAGAUGGGUCAUAUUGCUAUGAUGUAAAUGAAUGUGAAGAUUACUAUUUACACCACUGCAAUUAUGGUUAUUGCAUGAACAAUAUUGGAAAUGAUACUUGCUUUUGCUACUCCGGCUCAGUAUAUAAAGAAGGAUUAGGAUGCAUAGACAUAGAUGAAUGUGCAAGCCCAGACCUUAAUGACUGCCAUCCUUUAGCUGUUUGCACAAACCUGAUGGGUUGGUACAGCUGUAGUUGUCCUUAUGGCUAUUUUGGAGAUGGAAGAUAUUGUGAAGUUAAUGAGUGUGAACAAGGCAACCCAUGUGGCAAUAAUAGUGAAUGCACUAAAUUUGCUGGAUCCUAUUCCUGUGAAACUCCAUGCUCUAGCUACACAGUUAUUAAUGAAGACUGGCGCAGUGUUAAUAAUAAGCAAAAUUAUAAUGACUACUGGUAUCCUUUCCAUUGUGAUCAAAAUCUGCAAGGCUGGUACCGAUUUCAAGGAAGUACUGAUCUAAAGAUCCCAGAAUACUGUGUACCAGAAUUAAGCUGUGGUACUCAUAGCCCCAUGUGGUUGAAUGGAAGUCAUCCUACAGAAGGGGAAGGAGUCGUCAAACUCACUGCUUGCGCACAUUGGGCAGGUCACUGCUGCUUAUGGUCUUCCGAUGUUUCAGUAAUAGCUUGCCCAGGAGGAUUUUAUGUGUACAAGUUGAACAGGACACCAACUUGUCAUUUGGCUUAUUGUAAUGAACCAAAAGUGCAUGAAUUUGAUUGCUCUUCUGCAUCCUGCUCUCCUGAUGAAGAAUGUGGAAAUAUUAAUGGUGUGACUGGAUGCCAUUGCAAACUAGACCCACAAGCUAUCUAUGGAUUAGAAUCAAAUAUAGAUAAAGAAUUAAAUAAUUUGGAACUAGUAUGUGACUCAAACCUCAUCAAAAUAUCCUAUAGCAGAUGCCUUUUGGAGAGGAUGGGAUAUGAUACCUCAACAAUACACCUCAAUGACUAUAGUUGUAUGAGUGUCAUUGAAAGAGGAUACAUGAGUAAAGUCAAAAUUGAAAUGAUUCCCCGACAAGGCUCGUGUGGAGCACAGCUUCAUGUGAAUGAUACACAUAUAACUUAUGGAAAUACAGUAUAUCUGUCACCUAAGUCUAAUGGAUUAAUAAAGAGGCAUGAAGCGUUGAUAAACUUUUACUGCUCUUAUCCAAAGAACAUGGAUGUCAGUCUGUGGGUGGCAGUGAAUCCAAUAAUCAGCUCUGUUAACUUCACUGUUGGAGGAACUGGCACAUAUUCAGCAAAGAUGGCUCUAUUUAAGGACCCUAGUUACUCUUCACCUUAUGAAGGGCCAGAGGUCUGGCUGACCACAGAAUCACUUCUUUAUGUUGGUGUCAUGGUUGAAGAGGCAAAAGGAUCCCAGUUUGUCUUAAUAAUGAAGAAUUGUUAUGCAACACCAACAGCAGAAAACUGGCACCCUAUGAAAUACUAUAUCAUCAGAAAUAGCUGUCCUAAUCGAGAUGACCCUACAAUCUAUGUAGAAAAAAAUGGAGAGUCCUCUGAAGGACGCUUUAAGAUUCAAGUCUUUAAGUUCCUGGGGAACUAUGAACAAGUAUAUUUACACUGCCAGAUACGGUUAUGUGAUACAACAUUUGAAUCUUGUUACCCACAAUGUUUUGGUCUGAGAUCUGCUGCUAAUGAUGAAACUGCUACGCAAAACUUAACGAUUGGACCUCUGCGUCCUCGAGCAUCAGAUCCGGUAAAAUUACCUGCAGCUUUAUCUUCUUGUAAAGCAAACAUAUUGUCCUUGGCUGCGCUGAUAUUAAUGUUUUUCUGCUUUGUAAUGAUGUCUAUCUAAAAGUCUUGUUAAUCCCAUUUCUAAAAAUUAGAACUCUUACAGAUGGGGUAUAUAAUCAAAAAACUACCUCUUUUUUCUAUAUAUAGCUUAAAAUUAGUGUAAAGAAAAUAAACAUAUCAAGGAACCCAAUGGACAAACAGUCAGAAAACCAACGAACCUCCAGGCACACAAUUGAAAAUAUAAAAUCCAAAUUUAUUGUAGUCACAUAACCAUCACAGUAAAAAAGUUGAAAAGCAGAAAAACAAUUCUAAAACCACACCAUCCUGUCUUACGUGUUUCGGCAGUCCUGUGCCUUAAUCAUACAUCAAGGAACCCACUUUAAAAAGAGAUUAUGUGACAUUUUAAAUUUCUAAUAAAUUUAAUAAAUUACAAA